UUUCUCACAGCAAGACGAGGCAACGCAGUUACCAAUCAAUGUCUUGCUUAACUGGAAUGUGAUCUAUUAUUACUGGAAAUGAGACGUUGAUUGGUGACUGCGUUGCCGCUUUUUCGCAUUACUGCAUUUUUUGUGCGGAAUUCACUGAAUCUGUUACUGGUUUUUUUAAAAAAAUAUUUUUAUAUGACCAUGGAAUCAACAGCGAUUACCAAACAUCAAAUACUUACCGUAAUAAAAAGAUUCAAGUUUGAAGAAUUGCGAAGUGCUGUGAUGCCAAUUUUUCCUGAAAUAUUAUGGUCUCAUAUCAGAUCCAAGUUGAUCAAAAAUCACAAAAAUUUUACUGUGCCUAAUGCUGUUCGCAUUAUUGAAGAAGCUUUAGAUAAUUUGAAUUUAACACAAAGAGAAAUAUAUGAUAGAUUAGCAACGCUAGAAGUGACAGAUGUAAGCAGACAUAGUAAGAGAAAGAUAUGGUAUGGCUAUCAGUUGAUUAACUUAGAAACAGCAGUGAAUUAUCUUGGAAGACAAGAGAUAGAAGAAAGUAUCAAAAAUGAGUUUGAGUUAAAUAACUUAAAGCUGAAAGUAAAAGUUUUAACAUAUGAUGGUAUUACAUAUGUGUAUAUUAAAGGAAAACAGAAGAAAGCUAAAAGACAAUAUAUAAGUGCAGUCUUCUUUGCUUUAUUUUUGGAGCAUAAAUAUUUUUUCUGCUCAAAAAAAAAUGUACCUAUGAGUUUUAUAAAAAUAAUAACCAAUAGUCUAGGUUAUAAUAAGUAUAAAAAGAUUAAACUUAUGGGCAAAGAUCUUUGGUCCUUAAUAAAAUUGUUAUGGAUCAAACAACAAGGUGUUUUAAAUGCUGAAGACAUAACUCAGCCACCAGUUUAUGAACCAACUUAUCCUAUUGUCAAACACAGUGGUAUAGAUUAUACACAGGAUAAGCAACGGAGGAAUUAUGGAGAACAGUGUUUUGGUGACGAGCCUCCGACCUUAGAAUUACUUGUUAUAAAGGGACCAGAAACAUCUGUACAACAUAACGAUCUAUCUUUGAUGCCAUCUCUUAAUAUACACAUGAAUUGGGAAUUUCGGAGUCCAAAUAUUUUUAACUUUUUAAAAGGUUUAAUAGAAAAACGUGUCAUCAUAUUGCCACUACCCGAUUACGUAUCUAAUUUUAUGAAAUUAGGGAAAAAUGAAUUAAAAUUGGUUUAACAGACUUAAACUCUAAGGUUUUAUGUCUCAACGCACAGACAAACAAAAUCAAAACAUAACUACAAGUAAUUUAAUGUAGAAUUGACAUUUUUAAAUAUCAUUGUAAAAACAUUUGUAAAUUAUUAUUAAGUUGUAAUAUUUAUAAAAGUACAAAAUUCAAAGGUGUGUUAAGAUUUUAAAUACUAAUAA